AUCCCUGAUGAGGAUGGGAGAGGGACCCCAAAGCCCCCCGCCGAAGCCCCGAGCCCCCCCGGGCACCGCUCCCUGCCGAGCCCGUGAUGCGCUCCCGGCGCGGCCCCGAUGGAUCCCGCGCCCGCGGAAGGCGCUCCAUGAGCGGAGCCCCGCAGUUGUCACCCCCCGAUCAGGGCCCGCCUGAUUGGUCCUAAUUAGCGAGGCCGGAGCGUUCGGGAGGAGAGAAGGGGGAUGUUCAAUAAGAUCUGGGUUCUCGGAUGGCUGCGGUUCUCCGCCAUUAGCUCGGCCGUUCUUUGCCCUCUCCGAAACGCCAAACGCGCGGGGAGCGCGGCUCCGCGGCCCCGCGCUUCUGCUCCGCGCGGCUGGAGGGCGUUAAUUAAGCGAAUUAAGCGUAUGAAGCAUAUUCAGGCCCUUGAUUGCUGGCAAAACGCGGCGGUUGCCUGGCGGUAAUUAAGCCGGGGCCAUAAAUCAUCCAUUUGAACCCGAACGCAACGAAAUAUCAGAGGAAUCGAAUUAGAAAUCGAUUUUUGCUGCCCGGGGAAUGACGGGAGAGCCGCUGUGAGUUAUGCAAAGAAGGCAGGAGAGAGUUUUGAAGCACGUUUAUAACCUCAAAUAUUUUCAUUUCGGGGCCUCCCAGCGCCAGCAGAGCGGGAAGAAAUGGGAAUAAAUGUGAAUAAAUGAAUAAACAGGCGCAGGAAUGGAAACUUUAAUUUUUAAAUGGAAGCGCAGCAGCUGGAACGGGCUAAAAAAAAUCAAAUUUCCAGCUUGAAAAAAGAGGGGAAACAUCGCUGCCGGGCUGGAAUUUGUCACCAAAUGUCCCCGCCGAGGUGUGGCAGCAGCCGGGAGGGAUUUUCCGCCCGGGUUUGGCGCUCGGGGUGAACUUUUGGCCCGGGAGAAGGGCGAGGAGCGGCUCCCGGAGCGUGGCCGGGCAGUAAAUCUCCUGACAAGUAACAAAUGGCUGUGGGCGUCCGGCUGCCCGCUGCUCUUGUCUCCCCGCGCGGAACAAGUAAAUAAAUGUUGCCCACCUCUGUUCCCAUUCUCUGGGGCCGGCCUGGAGGCAGGCUCUGCCCUCCUCCUCCUCCUCCUCAGCCGGAGCCCGCUGAGGGCAGCAAAGCUGAGCUCAGAGUGCCACGGCUGCGGGGAACCCCGAAAAAACGGGGUUGGGAGGGAGCGUGCGGUGCGUGAGCCCCUAAAACCGGUUUUAGCAGGGAAUGUGCAGUGCGUGAGCCCCUAAACCCGGGUUUAGUCCGGAGUGCGAGGUGCGUGAGCUCCUAAAACCGGGUUUAGCCGGGAAUGUGCAGUGCCUGAGCCCCUAAACCCGGGUUUAGCAGGGGAUGUGCAGUGCCUGAGCCCCUAAACCCGGGUUUAGCAGGGAAUGUGCAGUGCCUGAGCCCCUAAACCCGGGUUUAGCAGGGGAUGUGCAGUGCCUGAGCCCCUAAACCCGGGUUUAGCAGGGAACGUGCAGUGCCUGAGCCCCUAAACCCGGGUUUAGCGCCCGGACGGACGGGAGGGUCCCCAGGCCGUCGCAGGGCUCGGGCUCAGCUCCCAGCCCGGCCCUGCCAGGCCGGGCCUGGCACGGCUCCAACAAAAGCCGCUCUGCCCUCGCUAACUUUAUUUGGCCUCCUCAUUAGAAUGUUGAUCUAAUUAGGGCGCACAAAGCCCGGGCGGGGGAAAUGAAAGGAAAUUAAAGCCCAAACGGAGCGGAUUUCCCUUCGGGGGCGUUCAGCAUCCCGGAGAAGAGCGCGGCGCUUUGGUGCGAGGCGCUUGGAGGGGAGAAGUUCCCGAGCGAAUAAAAGCGCAUCCUUUUGUGCUCGCACCUCCCCAGCCCCUCGCCCUCUUUUCUUCUCCUCACACCGAGCCGGCACCGGGGGGAAAACCUUUGAAAGUCGGGACUUGUGCCUGAAGCCGGCUCCUCGCAUAACUCGGGGCCCUUUUUAGCACUUAAAAACCACUCGCGGGUCACUGCGAUCCCUCCUGCCCCCCACCGCAGCGCCUCCCCGCACCCCGCCUCGCCCCUCUCUCUUUUAAAGUCUUUGAGGAGAAGGUUUUGACGCGUCCGUGUUGUUAUCAGAUUGAUGGGCCGGGUUUGAUUGAAGCCCCUUUGUCAUGCAAAUGUCACGGCCGUGAUGGAUGAGCCCGGAGCCGGCCGCAAACUUCGGGAGCCCCGCGCUCAUUGGGCUGGGCCCGCUCCGCCCGCGGGGUCCCCCCCGGCUCGGCCGCGGCUCCUCGGGGUCCCCCAUGCCCGGCAGGAAGUUUCCCAGCUUUGACAUAGUACCCAAAGGUUGUAGGGCAGGCGGCAUCGCCCCCAAAACGGGCUGACCCUCCUCCAUCACUGGCAGAUGGACAAUACCGCCAUGAACUCCUUCUUGGAGUUCGCAAUUUGUAACCGCGGCACCGCCGCCUUCCAGCACCACCCCGAGCCGGCCUCGCCCUCCUUCCCGCCGUGCUCAGGUAGCCCCACGCCGGCCUCCGAUGGCCACUUCGGCCUGCCCGGCCCCGGCCACCUCGCGCAGCACAGCUUCCCCCCUCCCUCCUCUUCCUCUUCCUCGCGCUUCGCCAGCCCGGGCUACCCGGCCCAGCCGGGCUACCAGCAGCUCUACGCGGGCCAGCAGGACGCGGACGGGCUCUACCUGCCCGCGGCCGCCUUCGGCUCGGGCUCGCUGGCCCAGGGCUACUGCGGGCCCGCGGGGCAGCUGCAGCCGCCCGCCUUCGGGCCCGAGCAGCCCGGCUGCCUGCCCGGCCUCUACGGCGAGCUCCCGGCGGCGCUGCUGGGGGAGCCCGAGCCCCCGGGGCACCCCGAGCCCCCGGGGCACCCCCAGCCCCCCGGGCACCCCCAGCCCGGCGCCAGGGCCGGGGCCGCGCUGACCUUCGAGUGGAUGAGGGUGAAGAGGAACCCCCCCAAAACAGGCAAAACGUCGGAGCUGGGGCUCCUGGGGCAGCCCAACGCCAUCCGCACCAACUUCAGCACCAAGCAGCUGACGGAGCUGGAGAAGGAGUUCCACUUCAACAAGUACCUGACGCGGGCCCGCAGGGUGGAGAUCGCCGCCACCCUGGAGCUCAACGAGACGCAGGUGAAGAUCUGGUUCCAGAACAGGAGGAUGAAGCAGAAGAAGAGGGAGAAGGAAGGGCUGGCCCCGGCCGCUGCCGGCAGGGCGCCCAAGGAGGCGGCCGAGGGCUCGGAUCAGUCCUCGCCCGAGGCCUCGCCCAGCUCCAGCUCCUCCUGAAGGCUCCCGAAAGCUGCCGGGGGUGUCCCCGGGGGGCUGCGAGCCCCCCGGACCCUCCGCGCUGUCCCCGCGCGUGCGGCACCGCCCGCGGCUCCCUCUUUAUUUAUGGCCCCUCUGCAGGCGCUGGACUCCCAAGGAGCGGCCGCAGCAAUUUCCGUGUCUCAGGGACUUCUCUGCCUUCCCCCUUCCCUUAGGAACUGCACUUUCAAUCCAGGAAAACAAAACGAAACGAAACAAAAACAAAAAAGCCCAAAAAAACCCAGAAAACCCAGCAAAAAACCUUCAGUUUAGUUCGCUUCCCUUUGCAGAAACGAGAGCAACGUGUUUGGUGGUAUUUUUUUCUUCCCCCCUGCCCGAUGCGUUUUUCCUCCUCGUGAGAUUAUAAAAAAGAAAAUAAGAAAAAAAAAGAAAGAAAAAAAAGUUACGGGCAUUUCCCCCCCUUCCUUUCCCUUUUAUUUCCUGAUUGCAGAUCUUGAAACGAGACCCGAGGCGCCCAAGACGCUCGAGGCCUCUGCAAAGAGCCAAACCCUCAGGAAAGAAACAAAAAAAAGGCAAAAAAAAAGCGAAAAAGCGCAAUUUUCUGCUCCCGCUUUGCACUAUUUCUGCUUGACAGGGUUUAUUUUUUUCCCCACGCGAUUUUUGCUGCUGCGGGCGGAGGAGGGGACGGGGUUUUUGUUAUGGGGGAAGGAGCCGGGGCUGUGGCAGGAGGUGCGAGAGGCCCUGGGGAGUUUUGGGAGCUCCUCAAAGCCCCAGCGCGCUCCUCGCACCCUCUCGGGCUUAUCGCAGCCAGAUAAAGCCGAGAUUUGAGCGCGGCCUAACGCCCUCCCUCCCUCGCGAGGCGAUUCGGGACCGCAAAGCUGCUGGAAAAAUGGGAUUAUCCCGAACCCCGAGCGCUUCCUCCGGCGGAACCUCCCCGCAUCCCACACGGAGCUACCUCAGCCCAAUAAAGUUGAUUUUUUUUUUUUUGUUUCU